AUGUCUCCAUAUUUAGGAACAUUAACAGAAGAUGGUCUCGAUUUAAAAUGUGUACUACCAGUUGUACAAGAUUCUGAUAGUCGAAUACAAUUUGCAAAGGAAAUAACGAAUAUUAAUGCUUUCGAUUGUUUUGAACAAGAAAAAGAUACAAUGAUGAUUAUUUGUAUGGCAGCUUGUCAUACACUUACAAGGAUAAACGGUGAAUUAGCUGGUGAUCCACUAGAUUUAAAAAUGUUAGCAUUUACUCAAUUUGAAAUGUAUGAACCGGCUUCAACUGAACAAUCCAAUUUCGAUAUUCUCUAUCCAACAAUAGUUAGACCAAUAAAUACGACAAAUAUCAAUACAUCACAACAACCAUUAUCGGGUUCUGUUAGCAAUCUAAUUGCUGGCAACAUUCCAUUUGAAGUUGGUAUAGUUCGUCAAUUUCCAUUUAAUUCAAGUUUACAACGCUCAAGUGUUAUUGUUCGUCUAUUAUCAAAAGAUUCAUUUGAUUUAUUAAUCAAAGGUAGUCCAGAAAAAAUUGCCGAAUUAUCUCUACCAGAAACGAUUCCAAAAAAUUUUAAUACGGUUUUAUCAUCCUUUGCUAAACAAGGUUAUCGUGUCCUAGCCUUAGCAUAUAAACCAAUUGAUUUAAAUUAUGUUAAAAUACAGCGUAUAGAAAGAGAAAAGGUUGAAAUUGAUCUUAUUUUUCUUGGAUUAGUUAUUAUGGAAAAUCGAUUAAAACCACAAACUGAAGGUGCAUUAAAAAUAUUAAAAGAUGCUAAAAUUCGUACCGUAAUGUGUACUGGUGAUAAUCUUCUAACAGCAUUGAGUGUUGCACGCGAUUGUAAUAUGAUUGGAGACGAUGAAAAAGUAAUUGUUAUUGAAGCUGAAACAGAUGGACAAGUGCCAACAUUUUCCUACGCACAAAUUUAUAAUAAACAUGUUAAAGAAGUUCAAUACGAUAUAAAUUCUCAUAAAGUAAUUGAACUUGAUCAUCAUUCAUUAUUUCAUUUUGCCAUUUCGGGUAAAUCGUUUAAAGUUAUUCGAAAUGAACAUCCAGAAUUAUAUGAACGGUUAGUAGUACGUGGAACAAUAUUUGCCAGAAUGUUACCAGAGCAAAAACAACAAUUAGUUGAAACAUUACAAGAAUUAGGAACAAGUUACUAUUUAUAUGUAGAUAAUAAACGAAAUGAUCAAUGUGAUUAA